AUGAGCGCGUUCCCAACCCUUAUCAGCAGUCGUCACGCCGGCCAAGCACCUGCAAUGUAUACUGACCACGCGACGCAGACUGACAGCGCUACAAUGCGGUCGGUAGAUCAUAUGGCCGCGGCAUCCACCUCAACAUCACAGGCGCGUCUGCCGAUCAGCCUUAAGUGUCUCGCCAUCGCAAGCGACUUCGAGCGCAAGCUUCCGCUAUACUUCACGCUACGCCAAGAGCUUCUCACCAAUCCCUCACCAGCCAACUGCCCAGACUCAACGACCUCGCUCCUGCUCCGCCUCCCAUACGACGUCCUCCACCUCAUCUUCCACAGCAUCGCCCACGCGCCCUCCCAGAUCUGCUUCCUCCUAACUUGCAAGACCCUGCUGCUGACACUCUCCCCGUCACCACUCCCUUCGUCCACCGCCAACACUAGCAGCACCCUCGACAGCGCCGGGCCAAAUCCAUUGCCGCUGACGCUCUCCACGAUCUCGCCAAAGUACGCAGGCCACCUCCCCACCCGCGUAUUCGACGUCCCCUGCCUUCUGCGACAGCUUUCGCCAACGGUUCCAUCACAUCUGCGGCUGUGCGCGCAUUGUCUGACGCACAGGCCGUUCGGCCCGCCAAGCGACACCGAGUACUGGCCGCUCGUGCAGGGAUGCGGUGACGUGGCGAACUUUUGGGUAAGGAAGACGGGUUGGGAGUUCUUUGGGGGUGGAUGGAAUAAGGUUGUGCAUGAUAUUUGUCCGUAUGUGUUUACCCUUCUCUCGAUCUCGUGGUUUUUAUCGUCAUCGAAUCCAUCCGCAGACUGUAUCUGCUGCCCGCAAAUGACUAACAUCAGUGGGAGCGUGACGCUGAUGUGA